UUUUUCAAAGUAUAUAUGAGUCUCAUUUAAAACACCUGGACAUUUUGUAAUAUCAUGGCAGAUGACUGUGGGAUUAUUACAUGUACUGUGAGCGUUGAAGAAAUUAAUGGAACAUCAGGAGUGGCGAAAAGAGUGCAAUAUCGUAAUGUCACCAUGACCUUAGGAAGAAAUGAAUUCAGGGACAUCAUCCUCAUGGUUGACUUGGGCAAGCGACAGGUGAAGUACAACAUUCGGGAAAUGCAAAUGCACAGGAAGUUUGUGAAGGAAGGUAAAGCGACAUUGAUAUUUACUGAGUACAGGACACAGCUGUUGAUCAGUAAUUGUCCUCCAGAUAAACUUAUUAUAUUUCUACGAACACUGUAUGGAAAAUUAGAAUGCGGAAAGAUCAAAGGCUUUUUGAGUGAACGUCAGAAACUGAGGUCUGAUCUGCAGCGUCAGUUUCAAGAGAUUAGCCCGCUGAAUGUUAAGGAUCUCGAUGCUUUGCAAACCAAAAGGACAAAAGAAGCGGAAAAGAAAGCUAAAAGGUUUGCCACACCAAAAGGAAAACGGAAAAGGAAAGACACAGAUGGAAAUAUGGACAGCGAAAACAAAGAGAAUAUGCAUCCAAAGAGUUUAAAGCAACCUAGGAAAGAAUUAGCAUCUGUGUUGUCUUCAGCCUCCAUUUUGCAGUCAGUAAGACUUUCUAAAGAACAGCAGAUGGUUCUCACGGCAGUUCGCAGUGGCAAGAAUGUAUUCUUUACUGGAAGUGCUGGUACUGGCAAGUCGUUCCUUAUGAAGAGAAUUAUAGGUGCCCUCCCACCCCAGCAUACGUUUGCCACAGCCAGCACAGGGAUAGCAGCUUGCCAUAUAGGAGGAACCACCCUACACGCAUUUGCAGGUAUAGGUUCAGGUAAAGCUGACCUGGCUCAGUGUAUAGAGUUAGCCUCAAGGCCCCAGGUGACUCAGCAGUGGAAGAGAUGUCAUCAUCUGAUCAUUGAUGAGAUCUCCAUGGUGGAUGGAGACUUCUUUGAUAAGCUGGAGGCUGUAGCGAGGACUGUCCGGAAGAGUGAUGUGCCUUUUGGGGGCAUUCAGCUUGUUGUCUCUGGUGACUUCCUUCAGCUGCCUCCAGUCAUCAAGGGGCAAGGCAAAAGGAAAUUUUGCUUCCAGUCUAAGUCUUGGAGGGAUGUGAUUCAUGUCAAUAUGGAGUUGGCUGAGAUCAGGCGACAGACAGACAAACAGUUUGUGGACAUUUUGCAAAACAUACGACAUGGAAAGUGUCCAGAGCAUGUGACUGAGGUUCUGAAGUCAACAGCUAACAACAACUGCAACAUGAAUGGUGUCAUAGCAACCAGACUUUGCACCCACAAGGAGGACGUCGAGCAGCUAAAUUUACAUCACCUGAAGAAAUUAACAGGCAGCUGUCGUUCCUUUCAAGCCACAGACACGGACUCUGUGUAUACCAGCAUGAUUAAUAAUCAUUGUGUAGUUAAAAAUCAGCUGGACCUCAAACUGGGUGCUCAGGUGAUGCUGGCAAAGAACCUUGAUGUACAGCGCGGUCUUGUGAACGGAGCCCGAGGAGUGGUAAUAGGGUUUGAAGCCGGAGAGACAGGCUACCCAAUCGUGAAGUUUCUCAGUGGACUGAAGGAGACCAUCAAGCCUGUGCGAUGGACAUUGCGAGCUCCAGGGGGGGUGCUGGUGAGUCGUAAACAGGUCCCUCUACAGCUCGCAUGGGCCAUAUCCAUCCACAAAAGCCAGGGUAUGACAUUGGACUGUGUGGAGAUCUCGCUGGCGAGGGUGUUUGAGUCAGGACAGGCUUACGUGGCUCUGUCGCGAGCAAAGAGCCUGACUGGUCUGAGAGUGGUGGACUUUGACCGCAGCUGUGUACGAGCAGACCCCGAGGUGCUUCGCUUCUACCACCGCCUCCAGCUACAUCAGCGAAUGAUGCAGACAGAUCUAAAUUCUUACCUGCAGGAGCGUUGAUUUGCAAAAUGACGUACGCCCAUCUAAAC